AUGAAGGGACUCUGGCACCUCCCGACCCAGACUAUAGAUGUCGGAGGGACGGGUGUCGUCGCCUUUGAUGCCCUCGGUGCAGGUCUCGUGACUAUCAUGACCUGCUUCACGAUAGCUUUACGGCCCAAAGAAUGGCCACAAGCCAAGAUGAUAUACACGGGCAUGAUAUUUCUCUGCAUAUUCUUCAUACUCAACUGGAUCGACAUCAUGAUCCGGCACUACCGAACACCCGUGACCUACGACUACCUCCUUUUCGCCUGUGUCAACCACAUCUUCCGUGUAUUCUCUGACAUAUUUGUUCUCUGGGGUGCCUGUAGACUUAUGCGGCGAUACCAUACUCUACGCCGAGAGCCAUACGGAAUCUCAGCAGUGUUCGCCGUACUAAUAUUCAUCGGAGCUUACCAAAUCUGUCUACUCUUCUCAUUGGCGUUCACAUGGCUUGGCUUCGCGGAUCUGCAUGCAAUCAACGACAUCGCCAAAGCAAGAAGCGCUUUCGAAGUCACGUUCUCAACAUUCAUGUUCAUUGGCACUCUCAGUAUACUCGGAAUCUGGGCCGGCUUCUACCAAUGGACGGCGAUCACCCCCUUCGACUACGAGGUCAACUCCCACUUCUUGCACCCCCUGACCUCAGAACCACCAACUAACCUACCACAGCAAUGGCGAAAAGCCGCGCUCACCUGCACCCUCAUCUUCCUCGCCCUCCGCUCCUUCACCGACCUCAUCACCAUCGGCCAGCAAAACCGCUCUCCCGCCCACCUCCCCACCAUCCUCCGCGCUCGGGACGUCACCUACGGCCUCUUCAGCCUGCCCAUGACCAUCUGUAUCCCCGUCGCAAUCCCAGCAAAUAAAUCCGCCGACCCCCUAGUUGCCCGCAAGGACGAAGUCAUGAGUGACCUCACUACGCGGAUCAUCCGGCGCCUGCGGGUGAUAACGCAGAAUUGCACGAAGACGGCGCCUGAUAUAGACGAGUUUUUGGAGGGGUUUGAGGAUGGGAAGGCGGCGAGGAAUUCGACUUUUGCGGCGUCGCUGGCGUGGGAGAGGGCGUAUAUGGUUAAUGAUGAGGUUGGGCGGCUGAGGAGCGUUUAUAGGGGGUGGACGCCUAUUCAGAAGUGGCGAGGGGCGGCUGUAGAUACGGGGCCGGUGGAACCGCAGUGGUCUAGCGAGAGCGUGAGGCGAGGAGGAUGA